UUGGUUCAUGCCUGGCAGCACUGCUUCGCCUUGGAAUUCGUCUUGUUCGCCGCAAUGGUUUGAAAAAUUGAAACUACAAGCGUCGUUUGUGCGGGUUCUGUUUGUGUAUAAUAAUAGUCCAUAAAAUAAAUAUAGCUUUCCAAAGUUUUGCAAAGGAAGUUAAAUCCUGCCAAUUUGCACUAGUCUCUGCAGGAAAGCGUCACAAUUGAUAUGUCACAUGAGGUUGAUCAAAAUAAUACCCCUGCUGUCCGGGUGAUUGUGCGCGAAAGGCCCGCUCGAGAUUUGCAAGAUCCGAAAGAGGGGGAAACAAGUGUGAUUUCCUACCACGAAUGCAGUGCUAAUAUAUUAAUAGCAGAUGGCAGGCCUUUUAUUUUCGAUAAUUUGUUGGUCCCAACGGCUACUCAGGAAGAAUUAUUUCUCCAUGUCCGUCCCCUGGUUGGCAAGGUAAAAAAUGGGUAUAAUUGUACUGCUUUAGCAUAUGGACAAACAGGAACUGGAAAAUCUUAUUCGAUGGGACUCAGCUCAAACUCUUCCGAAGGUGAGCACGUAGGAAUUAUACCUAGGUGUUUGUUGGAGAUAUUGAAGACAAAUGUGAAUGAAGAUGUUUCCAGAGCAGACAAUAGUUUAAUUCCAGAAAUCGCAUUCGAAGUGCAUGCGUCUUUUAUUGAAAUUUAUAACGAAAAGGUUUUUGAUUUGCUGGGCGAAAACACUGCGGAACCAAUUAUAUCGCGCGGAUACAAAUAUACUGGUGGCACCCGAAAAGUUCUAAAAACAAUCGACGAUUGCUAUAGUGUUCUCCAACAAGGCAAUAAAAAUCGGCAUGUGAGACCUACUAAAAUGAAUACCCAAAGUUCACGAUCACAUGCGAUUUUUACGAUCCAUGUACGCAGUGCGUCAGAAAAGGGCGAUCUUAACACUAGAUUGAACUUAGUCGAUUUAGCAGGUUCGGAGGGAGUGCGUAGAACGGGCCAUCAAGGUGUUGCUAUGUCAGAAGGUGUUAACAUUAAUCAAGGCCUUCUAUCAAUCGGUAAGGUCUUACAAGCAAAGGCGCUCGGUCAUAAAGUAAUCCCUUAUCGAGACAGUGUUUUAACUUCAGUUUUGCAAGAUUCACUUAACGAAAACUCUUUUCUAACAUUACUGGCUUGCAUUAGUCCACACCGAGCUGAUUUGACAGAAACUUUGUCAACACUCCGAUUUGCACAAAGUGUGAAGCAAUUAAAACAUUCGCCGCACAUUAACUUAAUAAAGGCAGAAUCAAAG